GCGCUGCGGAGCGCAGGGCGGGGGCACCGCCGGCUCCCAAUAGCGCACAAUGAGCUAGUGUUGGGCGCCGGAAGUAGGGCCGAAGGAAAACACGGAGAGGGAGCCCGGCCGGGACAGGAAGAGGCGGGGGCGCGGCGGAGGCGGUGAGUGCUCCGGAGUCUUUUCCUGGUCUCUCCCGGGUCUCUCCCGGCUCGCCCCGGCGGGCUGUCGUGUGGGCCAGUCUUGGGAGUGCAAGUCGGGCCUGGCCGGAGGUGGAAAGUAAGAAAAUUGAAAUCAAAGACCAUGGGAGAUGCAGUAAAACCUUAUAUUGUGAAGGGCACUAAAGGCCGAGGAACUGUUGAUGAUGAUGAUUUCAGAAGGGGUUACCUCCAACAAGAUUAUUUAAUAAUGGAUGAUUAUGUUAAGGGCCAUAGCAGUAAAAUGGAAAAGGGCCUACCAAAAAAAAAGAUAACACCUGGGAACUAUGGUAAUACACCCAGAAAAGGACCAUAUCCUGUUUCCAGCAAUCCAUAUGCAUUUAAAAACCCAAUCUACAGUCAGCCCGUUCGGAUGAAUGACAGCCACAAAGAUCAGUGUAAGAGAUGGCUAUUUGAUGAAGUUACUGGUAACUCAGACAAUUGGAGAGAAUUCAAACCCGGACCUAGAAUUCCUGUCACAAGCCGUCCAAGAAAAGACUCCUUUCAAGAAAGUGAGGAUGGUUACAGGUGGCAGGAUGGAAGAGGCUGCCGUACUGUGAGACGCCUGUUUCCCAAAGACCUGACAAGCCUGGAGACCAUGUCAGAACUGGAAGCUGGGAGUCCUGAAAACAAGAAACAGCGGUCCCGACCCAGGAAGCCACGGAGGACUAGAAAUGAGAAAUAUGAACAAGAUGGAGAAUUAGACGGUCCUGUGAUUGACGAGUCUGUACUUUCCACAAAGGAGCUGCUGGGCUUACAGCAGGCUGAGGAGCGGUUGAAGAGAGACUUCAUUGACAGGCUAAAAAGGAGACCACGAAACUGCCCUACAGCAAAGUACACCUGCAAACUCUGUGAUGUUUUAAUUGAAUCUGUUGCAUUUGCUCAUAAGCAUAUCAAAGAGAAGAGGCACAAGAAAAACAUGAAGGAAAAGCAGGAGGAAGAGUUGCUCACUACAUUACCCCUACCAACACCCUCUCAGAUAAAUGCAGUUGGCAUUGCUAUUGACAAAGUGGUGCAGGAGUUCGGCUUACACAAUGAGAACUUGGAACAGAGGCUAGAAAUUAAACGCAUCAUGGAAGACGUGUUCCAGCACAAGCUACGAGAUUGUUCUCUAAGAUUAUAUGGGUCUUCCUGUAGCCGAUUGGGUUUCAAAAAUUCGGAUGUAAAUAUUGACAUUCAAUUUCCAGCCAUUAUGUCUCAACCAGAUGUCCUCUUACUUGUUCAAGAAUGUUUAAAAAACAGUGACGCCUUCACUGAUGUUGAUGCUGAUUUCCAUGCUAGGGUACCAGUGGUGGUGUGCAGAGAGAAGCAAAGUGGUCUUCUUUGUAAAGUGAGCGCAGGAAAUGAAAGUGCUUGCCUGACAACAAAGCACUUAUCUAUCCUUGGAAAACUAGAACCAAAGCUGGUUCCUCUGGUGAUCGCAUUUAGGUACUGGGCAAAGCUUUGCAGUAUAGACUGCCCUGAAGAAGGAGGCCUACCGCCUUAUGUGUUCGCCCUGAUGGCUGUUUUCUUUCUUCAGCAGAGGAAGGAACCUCUUCUGCCAGUUUAUCUAGGAUCAUGGGUUGAUGGAUUCUCAUUAAACAAACUAGGGAACUUCAACCUUAAAGCCAUAGAGGAUGAUUCUGUGAUCUGGGAAUAUACCAGUAAUGCUGCAGGGGACACAAACGCAGCCAAAGAAGAGGCACCAAAAGAAAUGCCUGUCAGAAGGGGGCAGGUGUCAUUAACGUUUGAAGUAAAACACCAGCCUUCAGUACCAGUUGGGCAGCUCUGGGUGGAGUUGCUGCGAUUCUAUGCUUUAGAAUUUAAUCUGGCUGAUUUAGUGAUAAGUAUUCGUGUCAAAGAAUCAAUAUCUCGGGAAUCAAAGGAUUGGCCUAAAAAGCGCAUUGCCAUUGAAGAUCCCUACUCGGUUAAGAGAAAUGUGGCAAGGACCCUAAAUAAUCAACCUGUGUUUGAAUAUAUACUUCAUUGUUUAAGGACAACAUAUAAAUAUUUUGCUCUUCCACACAAAGUUGGAAAAUCCAGUCUUCCAAAGCCUCUCAGCCCAGUUUCAUGUAUUUCAGAACAUUCUAAAGAAGUAGUAAAUUAUGAUCCAGAUGUACAACCAAAAGAUGAUAAGCUCAGAAACUCAGUUUUGACUCAAAGUCCUGGUGCUACUACCACUUCAACUGCCAAUACCGGAAAGACACAGCCACUGUCUCUUAAAGAGAUGACAAAAAGCUUUGGAAGCCUACCAGCAGAAGAAGUGGGAAAUGACCAUAUCACCAUCUGUCUAGAAGACUCAAGCUGUGACCAGGGACAAGUAGAAAGAGGAAGUAAAAAUGAGAAAGAGAAAAUCGAAAAGGAGGGCAAGUGUCCUUUGACUACCCAUGUUCAAAGUCUAAGCAGUAGUAAGUAUGGUGAGCUUGUAGCCUGUGGCAGUACACAUAUUUAUGAGACAGAUGGCGCUUUGGAGUUAGAAGACCUCCAGAAUCCUAUGGGUAAAAAAUGUGAUGGAUUUUCUACUUUAGAUGGUAAGACCAAUGUUGAAGAAAGUAUAGAAGGUGCCAGUGAACUAGAAGACUCUGUAGACUACAUUGCCCCUUUAAUCCAAGGCCAGACAUCAGAAAUCAAUCCGUUUGAUGAAGAGGAGGAGGAAGAUGAAGAGGAGGAGGAGGAGGAAGAGGAGGAGGAGGAGGAAGAGGAGGAGGAGGAGGAGGAGGAGGAACCACCCAGACUCACCAUUAACCGAGGGGAAGCUGAGGAUGGCACUGCUAAUGAAGAUGAGUUUGGCAACACCUAUGCUGGAUCAGGGGAUGAGGAUGCCCAGUCUGAAGAGGAGGAUGAUGAAUUAGUUGGCCCUACUAACCAUGAAGACUUGAAAGAAUGUGGAAAACAUGUAGAUGGAGCUCUACUCAUGGAACUUAAUAAAAUAAAUCUUAAAGGGGAAAAGGCACAAGAGGAAAAUUCACCUGUGGAUCAGUCUGAUUUCAUCUAUGAAUUUAGUAAACUUAUCUUCACCAAAGGCAAGUCUCCCACGGUAGUAUGCAACUUAUGUAAACGAGAAGGCCAUCUAAAAAAGGACUGUCCUGAAGACUUCAAAAGAAUCCAGCUGGAACCUUUGCCACCACUAACACCCAAGUUUUCAUAUAUCUUAGAUCAAGUUUGCAUCCAGUGUUACAUGUUUUAUGUCUUAGCUGUCUCAUUUGGAACACACAGUAAGUUAAUUGUGAAAGACAGACAGACAGGGAAGGAGGUCCUUAAAGCACACUCCCACCCUGUGCAGGGACUUACAACCCCCAGCCUUGUAUCUGAGGAUUUUUCUCCAAGUACUUCAGAAGAGCAGGCUCGUGAACAUAUUCGACAAAACCUAGAGAGUUUCAUAAGACAAGACUUUCCAGGAACUAAAUUGAGCUUGUUUGGCUCCUCGAAAAAUGGAUUUGGGUUCAAACAGAGUGACCUUGACGUCUGUAUGACAAUUAAUGGACAUGAAACUGCUGAGGGGUUAGACUGUGUAAGAACUAUUGAAGAAUUGGCAAGAGUCCUCAGAAAACAUUCAGGUUUGAGAAACAUCCUACCUAUUACAACAGCAAAGGUGCCAAUUGUGAAAUUCUUCCAUUUGAGAAGUGGUCUGGAAGUGGAUAUCAGUUUAUAUAACACAUUGGCCCUUCAUAACACAAGACUUUUAUGUGCUUACUCAGCCAUUGAUCUUAGAGUGAAAUAUUUAUGUUAUACUAUGAAAGUAUUUACAAAGAUGUGCGAUAUUGGUGACGCUUCCAGGGGCAGCCUGUCGUCCUACGCGUACACUCUCAUGGUGCUGUAUUUCCUCCAGCAGCGGAGCCCACCAGUCAUUCCCGUCCUGCAGGAGGUAUUCAGAGAAGAAAUAUACAGAGGUGAAAAGAAACCUGAAAUAUUUGUUGAUGGCUGGAAUAUUUAUUUUUUUGAUCAAAUAGAUGAACUGCCUACCUAUUGGCCAGAAUAUGGGAAAAAUACAGAAUCUGUUGGGCAGCUAUGGCUGGGACUUCUUCGUUUCUACACAGAGGAAUUUGACUUUAAAGAGCAUGUUAUUAGCAUCAGGAGAAAAAGCCUGCUUACAACUUUUAAGAAACAGUGGACCUCGAAAUACAUUGUUAUUGAAGAUCCUUUUGAUUUGAAUCAUAAUCUUGGAGCUGGAUUAUCAAGGAAAAUGACAAAUUUUAUAAUGAAAGCUUUUAUCAAUGGUAGAAGAGUAUUUGGAAUUCCAGUCAAAGGAUUUCCAAAGGACUACCCCUCAAAAAUGGAAUACUUUUUUGAUCCAGAUGUACUAACUGAAGGAGAGCUGGCCCCAAAUGAUAGAUGCUGUCGAAUUUGUGGGAAAAUUGGACACUUCAUGAAGGACUGUCCCAUGAGGAGAAAAGUCAGAAGACGGCGAAAUCAGGAAGAUACUCUGCACCAAAGAUAUCCUGAGAACAAAGACAAAAAAAGCAAGGAGGAGAAAGAAAUUCAAAACAAGUACGCAGAAAGGGAGGUAUCAGCAAAAGAAGAUAAGUCUGUGCCAUGUGCAGCUCAGAAAGCCAAAACUGUGAGGGCAGCUGUUGACCCGGGGAGGGAGAAGAUUCUCAGGCCACUCAUGGAAAAAUGGAAGAGGCAGGACAAUAAAGACUUAAGAGAAAAGUGCUGUUUCAUUUGUGGAAGAGAAGGGCACAUUAGAAAAGAAUGUCCACAGCUUAAAGUCUCUGCAGGUGUGUCUAAGUCACAGUGUGUGUUUGGAUCCCCUUCUUCACCUAGCCCUUUGAGACCAGCUGGUCCAUUUGCUCAGGCAGUGAUUUUACAUGAAGACAAAAAGAAACACAAAACAGCAAUAUUUUUGAGUCCCCAGUCAGGUAGCCUUUCCAGUAAAUACACGACUCAGGGAAAAGCCUCAGCGAAGAGGAGCCCACAGGAAUCGUGAGGGGAGGAAGGCACAGCACUAUACCUGGCACUCAGGCGUCCGUAUUCACUCAUAAAUCAGGUUCAUUUCACAGGACAUAGCAGCAUAGAUCAGGCUUCAACUUCACAUUCUAGGGAAAUGUCAGAUUUUUUUUAAUAUAAUGAAAUUGUUAAUGAGGAAAAAAAAUUUUAAUAUAGUCUUAUAUACCACCAAUCCCCAUAGAUGUAAGGAUUUUAAUAGAAAGCCAUGAUGUAUGUAUUUAAGCCAGGUUAAAAGAAAAAAAUGUAACUGUGGGCCAGUAUUCAAUGAAUAUAGCUUCAUGGUUUUUAAUUCUUUCAAAGCACAUGAAAAAUGGUGUGCUGAUAAACCCCCAAGUACAUUAACUCCUUUUUUCCUAUAAAUCCCUUGUUUUGAAGAGGGAAAUUAUAUUUAUUGAUGUUUACUGAAUCCUUGUGUGGAAGGUAUCAAAUAUGUGUGAACUGCUACUACUGUACUUACAUUUACGAGCGUUUCUUUCAUGCUCUUUGUAGAAGUGAACAUGACCUGAGACCUAUUUAUGGGAGCCCUCUGUGGGUGCACAUGCGCAGUGCCACUGACGGGGCACUGGGUGUUUACUGCUAAAUCAACAGAACUCUUAUGCUCAGAAAAAAUGAAAUCAGGAAAACAAGUGGCCCUGUUUCCUGUCAUUUUAAAAGAAACACUGACAAAAGUACUUUUUUUUACUUUUUCUGAUAUUCACAAAUUAGGGUGGCGAACUUUUAAAGACCCCGAAGAUGGAAGAGAUGUCUGGGCCAGUCACUAGUGUGCUCACUCACCUAGGUCUGACUGGAAUCCUCCCGGGACUGUUUCUCUAAUGUCAUAAGCUUUUCCAAAGUACUGCGUGGUCAAAACUAUGCCUCGCUUUAUCAUUUUGAAAUAAAAUCAAAGUUUCAACCUGUAA